AUGGCAGAUAUCAGCGAAUGUGCAGCCAAGCUGGACUACCAGCCGGAGACACGCUACCCUGACAACCCGUUCUUCAAAGGGCCGGAAGCGCCAUGUCGGUUUGAGGCCGAGAUAUACAAUUGCAUGGUUCGAGGAGAGAUUCCUCCUCAGAUUGAUGGUACUUACUAUCGGGUUAUGCCUGACGCGUUGUGGGCGCCACUAUAUGAUGACGACGUCUUCAUCAAUGGCGAUGGAGCUGUCGAUGCCGUGCGCAUCAAAGACGGGCACGCGGACUUUAAGCAGAAGUUUGUUCGGACUGAGAAAUUCACCAUCGAACGCUCCGCAAGGAAGGCGGUCUACGGAAAGUAUAGGAAUCGGUAUACUGACGACCCAAGAGUCCGGACGCGCUGCCAUGCGACUGCCAACACACAUGUGGUGUACUUUGAGAACCAAUUACUAGCAUUGAAAGAGGAUUCACUGCCGUAUGCGAUGAAUCCCGAUACUCUAGAGACGAAGGGUGCCUAUAACUUCCAUGGACAAUACACAUCCCCUACUUUCACGGCUCAUCCCAAGGUCGAUCCUCACACAGGCGAGAUGAUCACUAUGGGCUACGAAGCAAAGGGAGAUGCCACCAAAGAUGUGGCAUAUUUCCUGUUCGACAAGAAUGGUCGAAAACUUGAAGAGUGCUGGUUUCAGACCCCAUUCGUAGGCAUGAUGCAUGACAUGGCUGCAACCGAUAAAUAUGUCAUCUUCAUCCUGACGCCACUGACUACUGUGCCUCUCGAAUUGUUGAAGGAGGGUCAUAAACACUUCGCGUGGUCUGAGGACAAGCCCUUGACCUUCGGCGUCUUGCCGCGGCGGAAUCCAAAGCCAGACGACAUCAAGUGGUUCCAUUACAGGAACGCAUUCUACGGGCAUACCGGUAAUGCAUUCGACGGCGACGAUGGCUGUGUCUACUUGGAUGCUCCACUGACUUAUCAUAAUAAGUUUUGGUUCUUCCCACCCGUUGGGCAGAACAUGCACACAGCUGCAAGCGCGCAGCCACCCAAGGACAGCACAAUCAGCCAUUAUGUACGAUGGAAGUUCGACCUCAACUCUACCGACCCCCACGUCGAGCCAACGGAGUUGGUGAACCUGGAUGGGGAGAUGCCGAAGGUUGACGCACGCUACGAGACCAAGUCGUAUAGUCAAUUAUUCCUGGCCAUGCACGACCCGAAUUCCCAUGAGCCUGCCAUCGGAGGGGCGUACAACUCUAUUGCGAGAUGCUCGAUUGAGACCGGGAAGCAUGAAUACUGGUCAGCUGGAAGGUCUACGGCUCUACACGAAGUGGCCUUCGUCCCCAGGUCGCUCGAUGCAGCCCCCGAGGCUGACGGAUACUUGAUCUCGGUAGCAAACAGAAGGGACAAAUUGCUCACCGAGAUCGUCAUCCUGGACACGGCGAAGAUUGCUCAAGGUCCAAUUGCCAUUAUUGAGCUCCCGUUCAGGCUCAGGGCUGGGAUCCACGGCAGCUGGGUAAUGGGUAGCGAUCUGCCUCGAGAGCAGGAUCUCUGUGAUAUGCAUGGAAUCAGCAAAGAGGUAAAGAAGGAAUUCGGAAAGCAGGUCUCUGGAACCAAUGGUCAAGGUCAUCAAAUUGUGAAUGGUGGUACAUGA